CCAUGGCUGUCUCAAAGCAGGUGCUCGUUUUUUGUUGGAUUUCAAUUGCUUUGUUGCCACCUGUUACUUGUGGGGAUGAAAAAGAGGAAAAUGGACUCCAGCAUAAUGGUUAUGGCAGGAGAGUUCAGGAGAAUGUCAAUAGGGGAAUGGCAUGUAAGAUUAAUCCAGAGUUUAUGCCCUGGGCUCAGGCACAAAAGAGCUGUGAAAAUCAAGGGGGUCAUCUUCUGAGAGAUAUGAAGGAGAUUACGGAGUGCUUACAGAGCUUGUCCACAGGAACUGGACCAUUGUGGGUCGGUCACGGUUUGAUGAAUAAACAUUCCAUCAGUGACUCUGAGUUGACAAAACAUGUCUCAGAUUCCCCAGUUAAAAGUGAUGAUCGUGAAGUCAACAAUCCGGAUCACCUUGAUUGCACCUACAUGGUCACAGAUCCAUUUCAGCUGGUGACCACACCCAACUGCAACAUGAGCUUUGGUUCAAUCUGCACACUAGAUGUAAACACACAUGUGAUUCCAAAAGAGGCAAAGAAAAGGAGCCGCAGAGAUCUGACUGGUACAAUAAAUUCACUGAAUUCAUUAAUAGGAGAUACUGUCCAACUGUUGGAGAAAACCAGAAGUAUAUUGAAGGAUUUGGAGAUGACAACAGAUUACAUGUCAGAGAGUUACAGGUUGGCAUACCUGCAAACUAUAUACAAUCAUGUAGCACAGAUCUCUGCUAGAUCCAUUCCUAGUCAAACCCAGAUUGAGGAAAUUAUCAACAGCACUUCGGCCAUGCUUCUGUACUCGCAAGAAUGUGCACCUAAGGACAUGGGUGAUCUUGAGAAACUCAUUAUUCUUGCCGGUCACAUUUACACAAAGGCUCUGCCCAAUUCAGGGAACAUCGCCAUGGAAGUUCCAACAGGCACCAUUGUUGUCAACAGCUAUGACUCCAAAAUGCUGUCCGGAAACACAAUUAGCUCAGCGAGUGGAACAUCGUGCAAGUUGCCUGAUCUUCCUGCUUUGAAUAAACUAGUGCCUACUGGGAAUGUCAGUGUUCAGCUCUUCGAAUUUUACGAGAAUCCAAUGGAGGACAGGUCAAACGAAAGCAUCACUGGAGUGACCUGCAGCUUUUCUGUGUCCAGUACAAACUCUUCACUCAAACUCAGUAAUCUUACACAGAACAUUGAGAUAUAUCUGCCUCGGCCCGAUGCUGUUGAGCCCAAAGUUGUGGAUAUAACCUGGAAAAAGGCGUUUGCUGUCACCAUAUUGUUCAACAUCACAGAUACAAAUGUGACUGUGAUUGUUACAGCAAUACCAAUUAAAAACGCAACUCUCAAGUUUAACCUGUACCCACCCCAAGACAGAAACUCCAGCAACAUAAGUGCUAUUGUAACCUACAAAGAGGGUUACCGUUGGCUGAUCACCCCGGAGAUGAGGGAGGAGGGUUAUGGGAUGUGGAAAGUGGCAAUAGCACCAGUGAAUUACACAGCAAGUGACACACUGGCCAUGAAUGUCUCUGUUUUUGUAACCAAGUGCCUGUUUUGGGACACAGAUCUUGGAGAUUGGAGUAGAGAGGGCUGCAUGGUUGGCCCUCUUACAAAACCAACUUUAACUCACUGUUUGUGCAAUCACACAACGUUCUUUGGGAGCUCCUUCUUUGUGAUGCCCAACCAGGUUGAUUUGUCCCAGACAGCAGCUCUGUUUGCCACAGUCAAUGAGAACUAUAUUGUGGUGGUUCUACUCAGCUGCUUCUUUGCUCUCUUCCUGAUGGGCAUAAUGUGGGCCUGGUAUGCCGACCGCAAAGCUCUCCGAACGCGGAAGAUGACUCUUUUGGAAGACAACCAUCCAUGUGCCCAAUACAACUACCUCAUAAAUGUGCAGACGGGUCACAGGAGAAAGGCAGGCACCACUGCAAAGGUAAUGGUGACACUCCAGUUCGCAGAAGGGGCGAGUGAAACUUGCAGUCUGUCUGACCCCGAGAAGCCUGUGUUUGAGAGAGGAGGGGUGGAUGUGUUCCUGCUGAGCAUGCCAUUCUCUAUCGGAGAACUGCAGAGCAUUGAUAUAUCGCAUGACAACUCUGGAGGAAACCCUGACUGGUAUCUGGACAAAGUGACGGUGCAGAAUUUACAAACUCAGGAGGUCACACACUUCCUGUGCCGCACCUGGCUGAGAGGAGAGAUGUGCAAGCGGACCUUUAACGCUGCCAAGAGUAAUGAAAUUGCAAGCUUUGGCAAUAUCUUCCAGACCCGAACAUCCUCUGGCUUCCGGGACGAGCACAUCUGGGUGUCAAUCGUCGACCCCCCGCGGCGCAGUCCAUUCACGCGUGUUCAGAGAGUGGCGUGCUGUAUGUCUCUGCUGCUCUGCACCAUGGCCAUUAACAUCAUGUUCUGGAACCUUCCCACUGAUCAAGAGUCUCCUGUCAUCCUGAAGAUAGGCUCUUUCCAGCUAACCUGGCAGGAACUCAUGGUAGCGAUAGAGAGCGGCCUUUUCAUGUUCCCCAUCAACAUCCUCAUCAUUACGAUCUUCCGUCACAUCAAGCCACGCAUUCUCCUUAAAAAGAAGACCUCCAAGAGCACAGCGCCAGCUGCUGUGGUGUCCAUGAAUACAAUCAUUCAGGAAACCACCGGGCUGUUGACUCACCUCAGCAAAAGCCCCAAAAACAUGCUGGCCGCCAAAGAGAUUAAACCGGAGACAAGUGGAGAUAUUUUCUGGGCUCUAAAUAAAGUGAAUGACGUCAUUGAGAUUAUGCAAGUUGAAACUGUUGGCGACCCUCACUGGUCUUACUGCAGCCGUUUUGUGUUCUACUCUCUGAGCCACCUCGCUCGUCUGCUGGAGCAUGUGGGAGAAAAGGGCUAUUUCCUCAAUGAAGAGCUUCGGCAGGCACGGGGAACAGUAGAUAUUCUGCUGAAGAAGGCAGAGAUAGCGUCUCUCAGGCACACUGACCAAAACACUCCAGUUGUGCAGGUCCAGAAGAAGAAGCAAGGUUGGUGGUUGCCCUGGUGGUUCCUGUUUGUUGGUUGGUUCCUACUCUUUGCCAUGAGUGGGGUCUCCACUUUCUUCACUCUGCUGUAUGGUUUCCAAUAUGGCAGGGAGUCAUCCAUCCAGUGGGUGAUCACCCUUACACUGUCACUCAUCCAGAGCAUCUUCAUCAUGCAGCCUCUUAAGGUGAUAUUUGUGGCAAUUUUCUUCGCCAUGAUCCUCAGGCCAGUAGCUGUAGAGGACAACGAGGAAGUGGAACUACUCCUGCAGGAGCAAAAGGAAAAAUGUGAGGAAUACUCUGGGAGAUCAGUAUCCUGAUUACAUUUCAUCUGAUUCAAAAACAGAUGAUGUUGGUGUUGGGAACAGUGGGUGGGCCAUUUUCACAUCAAUGUGAAUAAUUGGUUUUUCACUGUAUCUUGCAGUUAAGAUCCAUUUCCAAAUCUGUGUAGACAGACUUUACUCUAUAUUACUAAAAUUGUACAAAGCUUUGAAUGUAGCUAAAUGUAUUUAUUUUUUAAGUGAUUCAGUCUAUACGGUUAUAAUAACAGUGUCCUAUGGAUUAAAUUUCUCAUCAAGUUUAUAUGGAUUUAGUAAUUGAGGAAAGAAAAACUGAUGAAAUCACAAAAACUGAUCACUUUAAUCCUAUGCAUAUUAUGGCAAUACUUGUAAACAACAAAACUGUCCAUUGUUAUCCCAAGAUGUUACUUUAAAAAUGAAUGCCUGAAAGCAUGCAAACAUCAAAUGCAAAGAAUAUGUAAAUAGAGCUAGAUUUUGUUGGUCAGUAUCAUUCUAGACAUGACAUUUUAUAUUUAAAUUAUUAGAAGAGCAGAUUCUCAUAGUACUAAAAUGUUCAUCUGCUUGCUAAAUAGUACUGUUGUGUGUCUGCAGUUAUUGUUGAGCUGUAAUAAUAAAGCAAUUCGGCAUCAUCUGAGGAUACUAAAAGUGGUAAUAGGUCAGUGUCAAUUUUGAAUGUUGCAUUUAGGAAAUAAGCCAGUAACUUAUUUUUUCACCUGUGUAAAACAUCAGGAAAUAUUUAUAUAUAACAUGCUAGACAAACCCCUGUAUUUUCACUUUUGUACUUUAAAUAGCACAAAAUGUAUUGUGGCAUACCUUAAAUAAAUAACUCAUUUAAAUGUGCCUCUCAGUGUAUCAGUCAAAAUAUACUUGACAUUAAAUGGAAUUCCAAUCAUUAGUAAACUGAACAAAAACUGAGAAAGCAAAAUAAAUUGUCUAAAGUAUGCAAUUAAAAUACACUUUAUGUACUUUAAAAACAAGACUAUAUAUGUAUACAUACAGCAUACAAUAAUACUGUAUGAGUACACGUAAUCGCUUUGUGCCUGAUUUA